AUGUCAGCAUUCUCGUAUGUAGAGGUGGAAGCGCCAGAGACCGAUGCUAAGCACCUCUUGCUUCGCCAGGUCGCCAAGGAUGUCACUGUUCGUCUUUCAGAGCCGCUCGAGGUGGCAGAGAGCAAACAGCACACGAACUUGCUCUCCGUCUCCAGCGUCAAUGGCCUUGUCUUUGUCGCCACUAACAAAGGCUUUGUUGUCAUCCGCCUUGCCGAGCUCAGAUCCUUCUUCAAGUCGGCAGCUCGCAAUUCGACACCCACUCUGGAUCAGCCCUUGCGCUCCAUAGACACCGUCUCGCUCAGCUCCGUCGCGUCGCUUCCCACCUUCAUCACCUCUGCCAACAAUCACUCCGCCGUGCUUCUCGGAUUCCAGAAUGGUGUCAUUGCAGCAUGGUCCGUAUCGGGCCUGGUCGAGGGCAACAAGCUGGAGCCGCUCUUUGUUCUCAGCCCCCCCUCUCCCGGCUUGGCCCUCAUCGAUAUGGUGCCUAACCCUUCCGAUCGACCUGAACUUGCCGUCGCAUUCUACCGUCAAGAUGGCACACCAGGCGUCAACUCCGGAACGCCCAUCAUGGUCAACCUCAACACGGGCUCCUUUGGUGCUCAGCUCGAUGCCACGGGCUCUCGUGCCACCUCUGUCUGUUGGUCUGUCAAGGGCAAGCAGAUCGCCGUUGGUCUCGAGUCGGGAGAGAUCGUCCAAGUCACUCCGGAAGGUGAGCCAAAGGACCGCAUCGCAAAACCGGAGUCGUUGCAAGGCUCGUACUACGUGUCCGACCUCCGCUGGCUGGAAAACCACGUCUUUGUUGCAACCUACAACCUCCCGUCCUCAGGGUCACCUGACGACGACCCCGAGCAUUCCUACGAAGUUUACACCAUCCUCCGAGACUCAAAAGCUGCACAGAUUACCUUUGUCAAGCUGUCCAUGGACCCUGCCCCGCCAUACGGCGAUACUUCUCGACCAGGCACUCGCUUUGCUGCCUGGCUAAAGAGUUGGGAGCCCUCCAAGCAUUUGAUCUUUGUUGCCAGCGGGCCCAGUACCGAUGUGGGCCUCAUCUCUUGCUCUUCGGAGGACGCGGGUGCCGCCGCUUGGUCUACCGUCGAGCUCGAGGAAACAUCAAAACCGAUCCUUCCUUUCUCUUCGGUGGAUGAAUCCUCGGACACUGCACCGGUCGCUCUCGACCUUGACUUGACCUCAGCCGACGAGGUCGACGACCCAAAUGCUGUGGCUCGGGGUGACGGGAAGACUAAGCUGCCUGCCGUGCCAAUUCUCUACGUUUACACCUCGGAUGGUGUCCUGCUCGCCUACAACGUCAUCAACACGCAACGUCCCUUCGAAGGCAUGGUGACACCGUCCGGCGUUCUAGCGCAGUCAGCAGCGCCGCCGACCCAGACCGGAGCUGCAACGCCGGCACCAUCGACACCCAGUCAGGCGAAAUCAGCUGCAUCGGCGUUCGGUUCCUCUUCUGCCUUCGGCCAGCCUUCUGCUUUUGGUCAGUCGUCCGCUUUCGGCUCCAAGUCGGCUUUCGGGUCUUCGGCUUCGCCCGCUUUCGGCCAAUCUUCUGCAUUCGGAUCCACGUCAACCGCCUCGUUGCCCUCUCCCGCUUUUGGCGCUGCCUCGAAACCGUCCGGUGGCUUUGGCUUUGGUACAUUCAGCAGCGCGGCUGGCAACGGCAAUAGCAAGCCCGCUUCGGCCUUCGGCUCUACCAGCUUCGGUUUUGGAUCACCUUCUGCUGACAACAAAGCGGAUGUGAAGUCAGACAUCGAUGCAACAAAGGAAGCGUCGUCGACCGCUUCCACCAGUGCUCCAGCCUUCUCGUCUGGCGCCAGCGCCUUUGGUGGAAAGCCAGCAGCCUCUGCGUUUGGGUCUUCUUCCCUUGCUCCCGCUACGACCGCUGCCGCUGCACCGACCGCUUUUGGGUCGCCCUCCGCAUUCGGUCAAACGGUUACAAAGCCUUCUUUCGGUCAGUCGUCGGCGUUUGGUCAGACCUCAGCGCCUGCCUUCGGUUCAUCGUCCGGCUUCGGUUCCACUUCCGCAUUUGGCUCUACCUCUGCUUUUGGCUCCGGUUCCACCUCGUCGUCGCCAUUCGCCUCCAAAGCAAAUGGGUCUACCCCGGCAAGUUCUGGCUCUGCCUUUGGUGGUUUCGCUACCACAUCGGGAAGCGCAUUCGGAGCGGCUGCAAAGCCUUCUUCCGCCUCCGUCUUCGGGAGCGGUGGAAACUUGGAAAGUAAGGCAACAGGCUCGCCAAGUGGUCUGUUUGGCUCCAACCCUCAAAAAGGAGGUGCUUCCGCCCCUACCUCGGCAUUUGGCGCAUCGGCUUCGACUUUUGGUCAAGGCUCCUUCUCUGCCUUUGCUGCCAAUAAAAGCGUGGAAGACAAAGGCGCGAAGAGCGCAGAAGAAGAGUCUUCUGCCAGAGGCGGUGGCGAUGCAGGUAGCUUCACGUUCGGUGGGCUUGGAAGCAUGCUCGGCAGCAACGACUCAGCCAUGUCGCCGCAAUACAAGGCAACGGGAGAUUCGGACAAAGGAGAGAAGCGUUCCACUCCACCCAAGGAAGACGCGGGAAACUUCUCCUUUGGUGGACUCGGAGAUAUGCUGGGCAGCACUGACUCAGCCGCGUCCUCUCGACCCCAACCAGCUGCCGGAGCAGACGAGAGAGAAGGGGGGGCUACCGGCUCGGAUGUCAACGCGACGGUCCAGACGCCAAAGAGCGACACCGUCCCAAAGCCAUUCUCUUUCAACUCCACGGCAGUUUCCACGGGCAGCACAGCCGCGAAUGUGGAUGCAGGCACGGGCGACGAUGGUGCCAAGGCGACUUCGCCACCUGCUGCCACUUCUGCAUUCAGUUCUUUCAAACCCGGCUUCAAUGCGGGUGCAUCCUUCGGCAGGCAACCAUUCUCGUUUGGUGGCGAUCAACAGAGCGGCAACGCAUCGUCAUUGUUCGGCUCGCCAGCGAUUCAAACACACAGCGCGCCGAAGCAAGCCGCGGCGGCCUCGGGUUCCAACGCGGAGAAGAAGCCAGCUGAGCUUGCCAAGCCAGCGUCUAGCUUUGCAAAUGCUUCGACGAAGCCCGUUUCGUCACCUUCUCCUUCGCCAUCAUCCUCACCUUUCUCUUUCAAUUCGAGCAAGCUUUCGAACGUCAAUCAGGAAGCGAAGCCGGCGUCGCCUUCUUUUUCCUUUGCUCCUGCCAGCAAGGCAUCUGGCAAUGCUACAGCAUCGCCCGUAUCAGGAGCUGAAACGGCGUCACAGCCCAAGAAGAGCACUGCACAAGAGCAGUCUGCGUCCGAGCAGGGUCAAAAGCCGAGCUUGCCGUUUUCCUUUUCCAACACUGCAUCAUCGGCCAAGCCCACUGGAUUUGGUGGCUUUGGUAACUUUGGAGCCAGCCCCGCUCAGCAACCAGCCCAGAGCAAGGAGAGCGCAUCCUCUUUUGCAAGCUUGAGCAAGCCGGCGCCUUCCAACACACCCAAUGCAGGAUCGACAACAUCGUCAAAUGCGGCCAGCACCACAUCCCCUGCCAGUGCGUCGACUGCUACGUCCACAAAACCCGCACCGGCGCCCGCUCCUGCUACUGCCGGUUCUUUCCUCGGAUUCAACUCCAGCGCACCCAGAAGCAGCUCUCCUCUGGCCGCUGCUCCUUUCAGCAGCACGGGUGAAGUCGUCAAGGCCUCUGCCGAAAACAAGUCUGCAGCUCGUACCACCACAAGCAAGCCGUUCUCGUUCCAACAGGAUGCCGCCAAGCCCUCAUUCGGCCCGCCAGCCUUCGGCGCCAAGCCGUCUACGACCUCAUCUACUGGAACAGGCGCUCUCGCUGGCUUCGGCCAAACCAGCGCGAAAAAACCAUCAGACGCGACCGGCGAGGCGACACCCUCUCCUGCGCCAACGCCGGCUGGAGGAUUCGGAUUUGCGCCUGCAAAGCCGAUGCAAACUGCAGUGACUACGCCUGCGCCUGCUGCUAGAAACGCGCCAGGGCGCUCAGGUAGCCCACUGGUUGCUGGGCGUACACCUCAGCUGUCGUCAUCCAACACUGAAAGUCCGGCCAAAGUGACCGAGAGCGGGAUCCAGGGAGAAUUUCUCAAAGCGUAUCUUGUUCUGACGCAGGAGCUCGAUGUGCUGCGCUCCAACGUCGACCAGUGUGCUGGCUUCCUUGCCGAUCUUCGUGAAGCGACGGCACGACCCGAGUCCAUCGAGGACUUUGCCGAUGCUUCCAAAUGGUCUUUUGGCGAUCUGCCGAAGAUGCUGACGCUUGCUAAAUCGCUCAGGCCUCUCACUCAGCAGAUCGAGGACGAAGCCGCCUCGCACAAGCGCAGAGUGUCUGAGCUGCAGAGCCUCCAGCUCAAGGCAGAGGCUAAGCGCGAAGAGGUCGCGCGCUUCAUCCGGUCUCGUCGGGACCCAGAGUUUGCCAAGAUGAUUCGUAUUCGACAGCUGGGUCCUGAGCAUGUCGAGAACCAGAACAAGCUCCGCAAGGCGAGCCAGGUCGUGCGAGACCGAAUCGCCGACCUGGAGGAAUACCUGGCGGCACUGAAAGAUAAACUGCAGCAUGCCAAAGCCGGUCGCACCGCCCUCAAGGCACCCAGUCUCGACUCGGUGGCCAGAGCGUGCCGCAACAUCACUGCUCGCACCACUGCAGUGACAUUGGAGCUGGACAAUCUCGCACUCGAGAUGGACCUGAUGCGGCCAAUGUAUCAGGACUAUUCGUCGCGCGAAAGUCAGCGCGUCCUUUCUCGCUCUGUGUCGGUCGUGAGUGGGCUCGAAGAGGCGGGACCACUGAGCGACGUCGGUAAUCUGGUGCGCACGCUGCCCGCUGCCGUUACGCUUAGAUCCGUGGACGAGAUCACACGAGCCGAAAGAGCCAAGAGUGAAAGCGUGGCCGUCUUUGUCAAUGCUCGCGAGAAGCCGAUCCUCAACACACGCGCCGUACCCAGCUCCCAACGUGCGGACAGGAAGGCGACCAAGCCACUGCAGGGCUCUGACCUUCAGAUUGCCUUUGCGAAGGGGCCGGUGCACCUCGGCAAGCGUGCUCCUCCAGCAUCUCCUAGCGCGACCGCAGUCACAGCUUCGCAAACACCUGCCUCUGCUGCCAGCGGUACAAAGCAAGCGUCGAGUUCCGAACAGUUUGCACCGGUUGCCAAGACUGUGCCUGUUCCUAUGCUUUCCGAGCCUCCCCGGGUAGCGACGACGGCGACUUCUUCUGCUGCCUCACCGGCCGUUUUGAAAGCCGGUCCGCUUCAAUUCGGAUUCCCUACGUCACCUGGUCCUGCUUCCAAGACGACCGCUGCUGCUCCAGCUCCGAAACCAGCUGCUUCUUCAAAUCCGCUGCUCGGUACUUCUGACUCGCCCGCUGCCGCCGCAGGUGCAAAAGUGUCACCAGCACCCUUUGCGAGCCUCGGCUCUGCCGCUACACCCCCUCUCACAGGUGCACCAGCUGCUCCACCAGUAGCAUCAGGUCCCAAGCCCGCUGCGGCUCCGACGCCUCUGAAUUUCGGAGAGUUCAGCUCGCCGGCUGCAUCCUCGGCAAAGCCUGCUGGCUCGCUCUUCGCUGGCUUUGACACGACGUCCACGCCAGGCUCGAGCCAGAAGGCGGCUGCUCCUUCCAAUCCUUCAAGUUUCGGAAGCCCCGCUCCAAGUGCUGCCAAAGCGUCGCCUGCACCCUUCUCAGGCUUUGGAUCUACCCCGACCCCACCGGCCCCUGCUGCUCAGAGCGACAAACCAGCGCCCGCAUCUGCAGCAAGCCCCGCUCCGAGCUCUUCCUCGCCCUUUGGCGGUGCAACGCUGUCGACGCUCAAUUUUGGCAAGCUCAGCUCUGUCCCGACUGGCAUGUUUGAUCUUCCUGUGCAGAAUGAUUCGCCGUUCCAGCCUGGGGGACGUGCGGCGAGCUCGAGUCCCAGCAGCAUCCGCGCGUCGACCACCACGAGCAAAUCGAGGCAUCGGGGUGUAGCUGUGGCCUUGCCGCCGGCUGUAGAUGGACCAGAUAGCUCGAAAGAUGCGAGCGAUAAGAUCGGCAAGGCGUCGUCUGAUUUCUUUGCUUUGCCUCUGGCGCCCAAGCCGAAGGAUGAGACUGCCACUCCAGCACCUUUCAAGGGGUUCAACGGGUUCGGCGCGAGCGCGAAGACCAGCGUCGAAACGGACGCACCCAAAGCCGAUGCACCCGCUGCUGCUGCGAGCGGUAAACCCACUUUCAGCUUCGGUGACCUUGGCAAGAAGAUCGAAACGCCUGCCUCUGACGCGAAGGCUUCUACUGCUGGUGGAGGCUUCAGCUUCGGCAAUCUGAGCAAGUCGGAUGCCGACGUGCCCGCAUCGUCGGCUUCGCAGCUCAAGACAGCGGCUAGCGGCUUCUUUGGUGCUUCUACUCAGAAGAGUGGUGAGGCCUCCGCUACUACCUCAUCUCCUACGGGCCAGACGAAGCAAGCAUCGGCGGCCGACUUCAGCUUUGGUGACCCGGGCAAGAAGCAGUCGGCUGACAAUGCCACACAGCCGGCAAAACAAGCUUCGAGUGGAUUCAGCUUCGGUGACUUUGGCAAGAAAGCGGCCACUGCGUCACCUUCGCCUUCAGUGACUCCUUCCAAUUUCAGCUUCUCACCCGCUGCGUCUGCCAAGCCUUCGUCUGAGGAGAAGACAGACAAGGCCGUGGCUGACGAUGGUAAGGCUGCUGCUGAGAAGAGUGCAGAGCUCAAGGUGGCGGAUUCUAAGGGAGCGGCUGCAAAAGUGGCGGACGCAAAGGUGGCUGACGCUGAGGAAGAGACCACAGAGAUUGAUGCCGAGAAGGCAGAUGUCGAGGAGUCAGAUGCUGAUGAGACGAGCGCCAAGGACACGGACACCAAGCCCACCGUUUCUAACAACAAACCCUUGCUCGAUCCUUCCAGUCUCACAUUCUGCAAACCAUCCGAGCCAAGAAACAAGGAGCCUUUGACAGAACCGAAGUCCGACUCCAAACAAACCAACGCUUCAACGCCCGCUGCCACGCCAGCACCUGCGUUUAGCUUCGCUACGCCUUCCACUGCGCCAUCGUCCGAGAAGAAAGACCACGAUUCACCCAAAGUGGAAGCCAAGGCUCCACCAUCGAACGGCGCGGCAUCUACAGACAAGACCGCCGACUUCAGCUACCCGCCCAAGGCCCCUGCCACUCAACCCGCGACCGCAACCUCGGCCUUUACCUCGACACCCACCACGCCCUCGGCGUUCAGCUUCGCCCCGAGCAAGCUGAACCCGUCCUCCUCGCCCGCGUCUGCAUUCGGCGCGUUCAAGUCGAGCCCAGGCUUCGGGUUUGGCGCCUUCUCUAAGCCCGCCGACAGCAGCAGCCCGAGCACAAAGCCGGUGAAUGCGUUCAGCUUUGCGCCGCAGUCUUCUUCGCCCACUACUCCGUCCGCGAAGCCGGGCGACGCGGCAACAAAGGCAGCGUUUGGCAGCGUGUCUGCGUUUGGCCGUGUUUCUGGGUUUAGCGCGUUCUCGGGCUCUUCGCCUUCGACGCCCAAGAGCGAGGCGAAGGAUACUGCGGCCCAGUCGGCGUUUAGCUUUAAUGGUGGGGGUGGAUUUGGGGCGUUCGCAUCGAGUAACAAGACGUCGCCUUUUGCAGCGGCUUCGUCGGCGGCAAAGAAGGACGAUUGGAAGGAGAAAGAGAGCCCGGGUGACAAAAGUGGUGGCUCACUGCUUUCGAGGCUGGGUGGUGCGUCUGUCCAAGCUAAUUCGGGAGAUGAGGAAGAGGAGGACGAGGAGGAAGAGGACGGCGAUGAGGAGGAGGACGAGGAUGAAGACGAUUACGAAGACGAAGACGAUUACGAGGAUGAAGAGGACGACUAUGAGGAUGAGGAUGAGGAAGAGGAUGAGGAUGAGGAUGAGGAUGAGGACGAUGACGAAGCAGAUGAUAAUGACGACGUGGACGGCGGUGUCGGACACGACAAGAUCGACUCGCUCGAUGAGAGCGGUGUCCACGUCGAAAAGGCUGAUGCCGUGCAGGAAGCAGGGGACGAUGACGAGGAAGAGGAAGACGACGAUGAUGAAGACGACGAUGGGGUCGAGGACGAAGAAGAAGGACUAUCAGCAGUCGAAGAGGAGCCGGAGGAAGAAGAAGAGGCCGCAGUCAAGGAAGGCAAGUCGGUCUAG